AUGUCAGAGACCGACACCGUGACCUUGGCCGACGUUGUCGCUUCGUGGCCGCUCAAGAUGACGUACUUUGACACGCGGUGGUCGCACGCAUGGGACGCGCGCUAUCCACGGUCCAUCGACAGCGACGUCGUUGGCGCUUUGCUGCGUCGCUGCACGCGCCUCCGGUCGGUCACUUUGUCGGCGCGCAAGGAUGUGGCCGAGUUGUUGGCGGCCAUGACAACGCCAGCCCAUCGAGUGGAGAAGCUGUGUCUUGAGUACGAGGGCGACGAGACGCUCGACUGGACGUCGCUGCUGCGGCCUUGGCUCGCGACUGGCCACGCGCGUCAUCUCUCGUUCAACAACGCCGGCACCACCGAUAUCAAGGAGCUCGCAGAAGCGCUCGCGACUGCGUCGUCGCUGACGGGGCUUGCGAUCGACGAAAAUGACGCGCUCGUUCGCGCUAUCGUGGCACUGCAAAUGCCGCUGCAUCAGCUCCGAGAGCUCACGUCGUUGGCACUGGCAUGCAAUGGCCAUUUUGCCAACGUGAUGCCCUUGGUGUCGCGCAUGCCAGCGCUUCGCCACCUCUCGCUACGGGAGUGCAGAUUGCGUGACGUCGCGACCGGUGCGUCGCACUGGCCGCACCUCGAAAGCAUCGAGCUUUUCGACGUCACGUUUGAACGCGAUGCAUGCAAGGCCAUACUGGCGUAUCUCGCGCGCGUGCAAGGCCUCCAGAAGAUAACGUUGAACUCCUGCCACGAUCUGUGCCGGGGCUUUGUCGGCCGCCGCCGCAACUUGCUUCGCUUGAUCAACAACGGUCUCACGCUCGCCAACUUUGAGAGUACGUGGAUCGACGACUCGGAUGCUACCCACCUGGUGCGUGUGCUGCGCCAAAUUCGCAAUCCGUUGCCACUCACUCUCGACCUCACGGUCGACGACUUUACGAUGGUCGGGAUUCGCUCGCUAGUGGAGAUCCUCGCAACAUGCACGGCUGUCUGCAUCAAGAUCGACAUCCCCCCGCAAUGCUACGAGGAAGAAGUCGAGCCCUUCUUGGCCACCCAUGGCAUGGCGAGCGUCUUGGAGAAUUGGUGCUCCUAUGCGCUGUAUAGUCCGCCGAUGAUAUUGACGUAA